AGCUGUGAGUCACCUAAUGAUCAGAUAAGGUCUCCAUUCUCAUGAUUUUUCUCGUCUGCUUUUCCUGGAGCCAUGGAUGAAUACAACCGCUUUGUGGAUUGGGAGAAAAUGGACGUUACUGUCCAGAGCCAAGAUCCAAAGGAACUGAGCUGCACGGAAUUCCAGGAGCUUAAGCAACUGGCUCGGCAGGGCUACUGGGCCAAGAAUCACUCUUUGAGAGCCAAAGUGUACCACAAACUAAUCAAUGAUAUUCCGUGCCGCACGGUGACUCCAGAUGCAAACGUGUACCGGGACAUUGUUGUAAAGAUCAUCGGAAAGCGGAGCAGCAGCUCCCUUCCACUGCCGGAGUUCGUGGAUAACAGCCUGGUUCCCACCUACUGCUUGAAUGCCGAAGGCAUCGGGGCGGUCAGGAAGAUCAUCCUGUGCGUUGCAAACCAGUUCCCAGACAUCUCCUUUUGCCCGGCGCUGCCCUCCGUGACAGCUUUGCUCCUGCACUACAGCAGGGAUGAGGCAGAGUGCUUCGAGAAGGUUUGUCGCAUCCUUGCUUGCAAUGACCCCUCCAAGCGCCUCAUUGACCAGACCUUCUUAGCUUUUGAGUCCUCCUGCAUGACCUUUGGUGAUCUGGUGAACAAGUACUGCCAGGCAGCGCACAAGCUGAUGGUGGCUGUGUCUGAGGAUGUCUUGGAAGUCUACUCCGACUGGCAGCGCUGGCUCUUUGGAGAGCUGCCCAUGGUCUACAUUGCCCGGGUCUUCGACGUGUUUCUGGUGGAGGGCUACAAGGUUCUCUACCGUGUUGCACUGGCUCUUCUGAAAUUCUUUCACAAAGUCCGAGCGGGGCAGCCCAAGGAGUCGGACAACGUACAGCAGGAUAUUCGGUCGUUUGUGAGAGACAUCGCCAAGUCGGUCACCCCAGAGCGGCUUUUGGAAAAAGCUUUUGCAAUCCGGCUGUUCUCUCGGAAGGAGAUCCAGCUCUUGCAGAUGGCCAACGAGAAGGCCCUACAGCAGAAGGGCAUCACAGUCAAGCAGAAAAGUGUUACAUCUCCUAAAAGGCAGAACGUGCACCUCGCAGUUCAUGCUGAGAACUUCAAGUCUGAAAUAGUCAGUGUGAAAGAGAUGCGAGACAUCUGGUCCUGGAUCCCAGAACGCUUUGCACUUUGCCAGCCCCUCUUGCUUUUCCUCACCCUGUGCUCUUGUUACAGGUUCUAUUCGCACAGUGAAGGACAUGAACCAACUCUUCUCCUCAUCAAGACAACAGCAAAAGAGGUCUGCGGGGCUUUUCUGUCAACUGAUUGGAGUGAGCGCAGGCGAGGAGGGAACAAGCUGAGUUUCUUUGGGACAGGGGAGUGCUUUGUGUUUAGGCUACAGCCUGAAGUAGAACGCUACGAGUGGGUCAUAAUAAAACACCCCGAACUAGCCAUGAGUGUUUCUGAACCAGAAAAUCAUGCUUCAGGGUCUUCCAGUACUCUUUCCUCCAGUAGUAUCCCAGCAGAUCCCUCAGAUCGUCUUUCUCCCUUCCUAUCUGCUCGGCACUUCAACUUGCCUUCCAAAACAGCCUCUAUGUUCAUGGCUGGCAGCAGCGAAUGCAUCAUUAUAGGAGGAGGUGAUGGCCAGGCUCUCUACCCUUAUGCAGAUCUGAAACCUGGAAGGACAAGUCACUGCGAUACUUUCAAUAAUCAGCCGUUGUGCUCUGAAAGUUUCCAGAUCUCUGUCCUGGAGGUGUGGGGCUUCAGGGACACCAUGAAUGGUUGACAUGACUAUCAACCAACAACUAGUUUUUCAGGUGUCUUAGGAUUCCCAAGACAAAUUCUAAUGGAGGAGCCGGGUUAGGAUAUAAUUUCCACUGGGCUCAGUAUUGUUUAGUAAUUACUAAGCAGCACACUUGAAUGCAGGGCUUAGUUGUUUACUCUUUUUUUUAAGACAGGUCAAAGAUGAAGUAGUGUAUCUGAUUAACUCCUUAUCUCUUUACCUCUACAGAUCUGGAUUCAGAUCUUGAUACUAGAUAAAAAUGGAACUGUAAUUAUCUCAAACCAUCCUAAAUGGAUACAAACCCAUAUCAUAGUGUAGCUUUGCAGUGCAAUGCAAUCCUCAGAGGCCCAGAGCUUGCUGAGGUGUACUGAAGAGCUGUGUGCCCCUGGCACCAGUAUCUGGCUGGCAAGAGCCAGUAAUACCAUAUUUCCACUCACAGAAGCAUUGAAAAUCA